GUGGGACGUCACCUUUUGGUUUGCAUUGGAGCCAGUUGAAGCCCAGAGUUGCAAUUGAUGGUCGGUGAGCAGCAGGUGAACCAAAUGUCAAUCACAGCUGUCAAACAACGUCCACAAGGCAGACAUUAGAGCUACUAUAGACCCGUGUCAGAAGCGUUUUUCACGCGCAUGUCACACGCAACAGAUACGCUCUUUCUUAAUCUUCUCUUUAAUCUAUGUAGCUGUCGUCACCGGCUCCGUGCACGCUACAUUUGCUGUCUAGACACGAGCACAGGACAGAGCAGAGGGGCUGCCCUUGGUUAAUUUUUGACCAACCUGUCAGCUGACUCUCGGAGCUCCUGUAUAUAACAGGGGAAGUUUCUGACGAUCCGUCUGCAGCAAAGAGGAACUUGAAGGCUUUAAAGAUGCGUGCUUUCUUUGCUAUCUGUGCGCUGCUGCUGGCUGCAGCCCGGGCAGACCACCACGACCACCACCAUGACCACCACCACCACGACCAUGAUGAAGACAUGAGCUGCCACAAGCUGUCCCCUCCCAAUGCUGACUUUGGCUUCGCUCUCUACAAAAAGCUGAGUGCCAAAGCUGCUGCUGGAAAGAACAUCUUCUACUCACCACUGGGCAUCUCCGCGGCCCUGUCCAUGCUGUCUGCAGGGGCCCACGGUGAAACCCACAAGCAGCUGUUCUCCGGCUUGGGCUACAGCGCUCACGAUCAGGCUCAGGUCGACGAAGCAUACAAGCAUCUUUUCCACAUGCUUGGCCACAGCCAGCAGGAGGGUCAUCAGCUGGAUGUCGGCAACGGCUUGGCUCUGCGUUCUGACUUCAGUCCUCUGGAGAAGUUCCUAAAAGAUGUCAAAGAGGACUACUCUGGUGAGAUCUUCAGCGUUGACUUCGCCAAACCUGCUGAGGCUGCAGCUGAGAUCAACAGAUUCAUUGCCAGUAAAACCAAGGACAAGAUCACAGAUCAGGUGAAGGAUCUGGACGCUGAUAUGGCCAUGGUGCUGAUCAACUAUGUCUACUUCAGAGGACAGUGGGAGAAACCCUUCGAUGGUAAUUAUACACAGAAGGCUGACUUCAAAGUGGACGACACCACAACGGUUCAGGUGGACAUGAUGAAGAGGACAGGCCGCUACGACUUCUAUGAGGACAUUGACAACCACACCACCGUCAUCAUGCUGCCCUACAAGGGCAACACCUCCAUGAUGAUCGUCCUUCCCCAUGAAGGCAAGAUGCAGGAGGUGGAGGGCUACAUCACAAAGGAAUACAUCAGGCACUGGCAUGACUCGCUUUUCAGGAGUUCUGUGGAUCUGUCCUUGCCGAAAUUUUCCAUCUCGACUGAAGCCUCCCUGGAUGACACCCUGAAGGAAAUGGGCAUGACCGACGCUUUCGCAGACAGUGCUGAUUUCUCUGGCAUGUCUGCCGAGGUCAAGCUCAAAGUUUCAAAGGUGUCCCACCAGGCCGUGCUGAGCGUGGAUGAAAAAGGAACAGAGGCAGCAGCCGUCACCCAAAUUGAGGUCAUGCCCAUGAGUAUGCCUGAAUCCAUGACAGUCGACAGACCCUUCUUAGUCUUCAUCCUGGAGCACUCCACCAGGAGCAUCCUCUUCAUGGGCAAGAUCAGCGACCCCACAGCCGUGUAAAGGGACAUGCUAGAGGAGAACGGGUGUUUAGAUUUGUUACAUUUUCACACAGCAGUAAGGUUUAGUAGCUUUGGGACAUGAGCUCAUUUUUACCUCAGCGUCUGGCAGCCUUGUGGAGAUGUCACAGUGAUAUUAAGAGCACUGGGGAAAUGAUGAAUAGAGGAUAGUUUGAUGAAUAAGACAACAUAUCUAUCAUCAAGUAACAGAAAUGUUAGUCUAUUAAUCUUUUUGCAUUCCUUCAGCAUGACACAUUUAUUACCAUCAGUCAUCUGAAUCUGGCAAGGUGUCUAAAUGGCUACAUACUACAUCACUGUAUAUUGUAUCCAGCUGUCUGUUGUAUAUAAGAUGAAUAAAAACAUGUCAUUUUAAGCAUCUGUUAACACACUGAGCCAACGUUGAUGUACUAUUGCAGUUUCAGUAUGAAAUUAAAUAAAGACUCGUCAUGAAUAACUGGAA